GUCUGAUAUAAAACAUUCUAGCUACGCGUACGUCUACAGUUUGUAGAAGCCUUCAUAUGACUCAUACUCUUAUCAUAUUGUGAUUUGACGCGCGGUGAUAUUCGCUAACUCUUUGCACUGUGAACUUUUAAUUUAUAACCCUUAGUGGAUAGUUGAUAUAGUUUGGAUAAUAUAGUGGAAAGUGGUCUUCAUGUCUCAGCUGGUACCAUACCACCUCUACAGCAGCGAGCAAGACGAUAGUCUGAUGUUCGCUACCAUGUUUGACUACCAGGCAGAUGAAUAUAAGAAGCCAAUGUUGGCAAACCUAGAGGGCCUCCAGUCGGGGGUCCCAACCCGCACCACGGCCACCAUCACGCCCACCCAGCUGCGGAACUUCGAGCAGACCUACAUCGAGCUGACCAACUGCCGCAGCGAGCCCACUACUCACGCCGGCUUUGUACCACCUUCAGUCACGCACGCCAACAACUACGGCAUCCUGAAUUCGGUGGGGUAUUGCGAUUCGGGCCCGACGACGGCGCUGCACGUGUCGCCGGGCCCACUCUCCGCCAGCGGCGACAGCAGCAGCAGCCCUGGUCUGCCAACUCCCAAGAGGCGGAACAUGGGCGGCCGAAGACCUACCAAGGCACCGACUGACCUCUCACCCGAGGAAGAAGAACGCAGGAAGAUCAGAAGAGAGAGGAAUAAGAUGGCCGCCGCUCGCUGCCGCAAACGUAGACUAGAUCACACCAACGAACUGCAGGAGGAGACUGACAAGCUCGAGGAGAAGAAACAGGCGUUACAAGAGGAGAUUCGCAAACUAAAUCAUGAUCGGGAGCAGUUGGAAUCCAUUCUGCAUACUCACAUGCUAUCUUGUCCCCUCGGCAAGCGGUCAACGAGUCCCCCAGACAUCAAACCCUUCCAAGAAUACUCGUACCCAGAGAUGCCUGAAGACGGAGUCCGAGUCAAAGUAGAGGCUGUAGAACCUGUCGUAGACCCCGUCCUGGUGUUGGAUAACAUAUUUACUUCGCCGGCAAAUGACAAGAAGAUAAUGUUGUCGGCGGCCAACCCUGCCGUGGUGACGAGUGCUGCGCCGGCGACGUUGGACACGCCCCCAGUGCUGUCCCGCCCCAAUAGACCCAACUCAUUACAGGUUCCUCUCAGCCUAACGCCCGCACAGUUACAUAAUAACAAAGCUUUGGGCAACAACAAAAUAGCGGGCAUCGAGAUCAGCACACCCAGUAACGGCAUCCCGUUCAACUUCGAGAGCCUGAUGGAGGGCGGCACGGGGCUGACGCCGGUACACCCGCACCCGCACCCCUGCGCCCAGCAACAGCGCGCGGCGCCCGACGCCGCCUCCCCCGACGCGCACAACAGUCUCGUCAGUCUCUGAGCCUGCGAGCCUCGCGGCCCUCGGACAUCGUUCGUCUUGUAAAGACUACGCAAUACUUAUUUAUUCGACUCUUAUGGACAUCGGCAGCGCCGAAUUUUCUCUUUCUGUAUUCUUCCGCCGUUCGGUGUACUGUGAGACGAUCGGUCCUUUCUACUUGUCUUUAUUUAUUGAGAGCUCUAUUUUAAGUAACAUAUUGCUCACUCGUGCUUUGUAUUUAUAACGUAGUCUUGUUAAAGUUAGUGACGGCCUAGCGUUGCCGGCCUACUCAAGUCAAUUUACGAGCUGUUUUAUAAACAUUCUAAAGAAAAUAUUUUUAUAAAUAGAUGUGUAUUUCUGCAGAAAUAAUAAUUGUGAUCGAAAAAUUAAAUAAAACAGAGUUUUAUUUGAAGCAUUUCAGGGAUUUAUUUUCGUGUUGUGCUUAAUGUCUAGCGAGGCUAGAAUAGACGGUGCGUUUUAUAUUGUAAGGUAAUAUGUAAAAGAUCUCUUUUACACUAUACAUUUCGGAAUAUUUCGGCACAAAAAUUGUAUUUAUUGAAACGAUCCUCAAAGUAUCUUGUCAUAAUAAACCUCGUGCCAUUUACUACGUCUACUCUCAGGAAUACAAUAAUUACGAGUACGAAAUAUUUAGUUAACCAUAAACUAACAGCAAUAUUACUUAAAGAAUAAAUAAUAUAUUGAAUGUAAGUUAGCUCAAUGUUGAUGUAACGUCUUACCGUUCCAUUGGAUUAGGUACUGGUAGUGUAAAAUUAUUGUUAAGCCUUUUGUGAUACGUCCAGUGAUUGUGAGCGCGUCUUGUUAUGUAUUGUAUUGUAGCUCAUGCCACACACAUUGUAAUGUCCUCAAACAUACAUAAACGCACUGACUGCAUUUUUAUACUCACAUUGUCUAAUGUUACUACAUGAAAUUAAACUAUUUUCUAAUUGCAAUUAUUACAGUAAAUGAAAUAUUGAAGUCAAUUAUAAUAUUAAUGCUAUGAAAGUAUUGUCCGUGGCAUGAGUUCCUAGGAUGUCUUUAUAGGUAGAGACCACUGGAAUAAAAUAAUUUAGUUUAAGGCAAUAAUUAGUGUAAGGGCACUUAACGAUUUAAUUAUAUAUUAUUAUGCAUAACUUAGACCAAAUUAUUACUUCAUGUGCUUUAUCGUAGUUGUAAUUAAAAUCUAAGCCAAAUAUUGAGUUUAUGUCGUUACUUUAGAUUUAGUUAUUCCCGUUAAAGUAUUAUAAUCUACGCGCAGAGAGCGGAGAGUAUUUAUUUAGUCAUCUACGACGUACCGUAUGAACCAGCAUGGUUUUAUAUUGUCUAGUGCAAUACUGCAACAUUGCCUACGGUAUAAUAAGCGAUAAAUUUUUGCUAUGAACUUAUUACUCAUUCGAAAUAUUAAAAUAACGCAUAAUAUGAACACCUAGGUUAAAUAAGAGAUGUAAUUUUUUCUAGACGAUUUUUCUUAACGCAAUUGUAGUCUAUACUUUUGUAUUUUUUCAUGAAAAUUAGCAAAGCAAUAUAUUUGAUAAAAUUAUUGGAAUUUAUAUGCAUAUGUAGUAAAAUAUAUAUAUAUAUAUAUG